ACUUCGAAUCGUCUCUCUCUCUCUCUCUCUCUCUGUGCAUCUGCUUCGUUGUGACGUAUCGGUGUAGCUAGCAAUAAUCGCAUGGAAUCUCUUUCUUCAGUUUCCACUUCGGUCGUGCUACCUCCCAGUAAUCAUUUCCGGCAACACCGGAGGAAGCGAAUCCUUGUCUCCUCUUGCCCCCAAAAUAACCGUCUUCCUUCCCUCUGUUCUUCCUUCAGCCUUCCCUUCUCUCCGGAGCCUUCUCGAAGGAGGCUAAGAGAAAUCCCUUGCUGUUCAGGCGGCGGGGGUGGUGCCGGAGGAACGGCGGAGACGGAGGAUGGAGAUGGGGAUCUCGAAAAGGCGCUUCGCCUUGACGGAAGUAUCCCAGGGACGUCCGAUGAGUUCGUGAAGCAGGUUUCUUCCCGAGCCUACGAUAUGCGUCGACACCUUCAACAGACAUUCGAUAGCAGCAGCUAUGACGUAUUGGAGGCAAACCCAUGGAGAGAAGCUUCAAAGCCCGUAUAUGUGCUGACCCAUAGGGAAAACCAGUUAUGCACGAUGAAAACAAGAAGAAGCCGCAGCGAAGUUGAAAGAGAGCUUGGGCUCUUGUUUUCCAGAGGAGGAAAAUGGAGAUCUGAAAUAGGAAAUAAGACUAAGCAAUCAAGAGCUGGGACAAGGUUUCAGAUGCUUGUGGAGGAUAUCAGGGAGGGAGUGCUUGUAUUUGAAGAUGAGAAUGAGGCGGUCAGAUAUUGCGACCUACUACAGGGAGGAGGACAAGGUUGUGAGGGAGUUGCAGAGAUAGAGGCAUCUUCGGUCUUCGAUAUUUGCCGCAAGAUGAGGGCACUAGCAGUUCUAUUCCGUCGAGGACGAACACCGCCUUUGCCUGAAAGUCUUGAGCUUAACUUGAAGGCUCGGAAGAGAUCCCUUGAAGACCAAGAAGACUUGAUAUGAUGCUGUACCAUUUGGUUUCGGAUGCCUUAUCAAAAGCCAAAGAUCGUAACUUUGUGAUUGUAAUGGCAAAAUGUCUUACAUGAAAAAACAUACCCACCUGAUUCAGUGGUACUUACUGUUCGGCACUGCCCAAUUAAUGUGGGCUUACAAACAUAUACAAGAGUAAAAUGUACGAAUGAAAUGGCCACGUCGUAACCAUUGUUCGAGUGGAAA